AUGUUAUUUUUUAUAAAUUUUGAUACCCAAAGAGUUACUCUAGAUAAUCUGAUAAGAGAAUUUAUAUUUUUUAUACCAACUCUAUAUAAAUAUGCAUUAGGAAUUUAGCUAACUGCAUUUAUUAACAUUCUUCAUAGGUAAGUAUAUUAAAUAUGAGCGGAGCAGGAACUGGGUACGAUUUAUCAUCAACCACUUACAAUCCAGAAGGAAAAGUGUAUCAAGUUGAAUACGCCAUGAAAGCUGCAGAAAGUGGAGGAUCCAUUAUAGGACUGAAAUGCAAAGAUGGAAUCGUAAUCGGUGGAGAACGGAAUGUCUUAUCUAAGAUGCUUGUUCAGCACAGCAAUAAGUGCAUAUUUGGGAUUACCAAAAAUAUCGGUGCAGUUGUCACCGGUGUGAUUCCAGAUGGAAAAGCUGUGAUCUCAAGGGCAAGACAAGAAGCUACCCAAUAUGCUGAAUUCUAUGGAAAAGAUAUUGGCUCUACAGUGCUUGCAGACAGAGUUGCUCAAUAUAUGUAUACCUUAUCAUAGAUACUAAGCUUUCCUAUUAAUAAAAAAACUACAUAUAGGAGCUCUUUAGUCUUCAUAAUUAUUUAUAUCUUUUUACUCUAUAUGGAGGCUUAAGACCAUUUGGCUGCUCCAUUAUUAUGGCCGGCAUUGAUGAUGGCACACCAAAGCUUUUCUUAAUCGAACCUUCAGGAGCUUAUUUUGAGUAUUUCGCUUGUGCUUCAGGCAAAGGAAACCAAGUAUGCAAGACAGAAAUUGAUAAGCUAAACCUUAGCGAAUUAACUUGCAGAGAAGCUGUUUAUCACAUUCAUAAGAUGCUAGUCAAGAGCCGAGAAGAAGGCCAGGAGAAGAGAUACGAAGUCGAUAUUUCAUGGAUGAAUAGUGAAACUAACUUUUUCCUUGUUCCAGUUCCUGUGGAGUUUAAAGACGAGAUGGAAAGAAAGGCUAAAGAUGAUAUUGAGAGUGAAGAAAGAGGAGAUUAA